AUGGAAGUGAUUCAUACAUUAGAUUUAAAAAAAAUGAAUACUCGUUGUUAUACUUAUCAUAAGUCUUCACUUAUUAUAUGUUUAAAUUUUAGUGGUCUUCAUAAAGCAAAGAAACGAGUAAGUGGAACUUUUUUUAUUUUAUUUAGAAUCUAAUAAACAUUUAACAAAAAAAAAAAUUAAUUGUUCAAUUCAUUUAUUAGAACAGGAAUGGUCGAAUAGUUUCGAUUUAAGUAAACAAAUGAAUGUAUGAUCAAAAGACAAGUAAGUAUUUCAAAUGAGAAUUUUUCAUAAUUAAACUACAAAUAUUCAGAAAAUGUUGACUCAUUUAACAACUGAAACGAAUCGAAAAUGCGUGUGCUCAUAAAGUUCUGAUCUACUAGUGAAACUCGUCGUGAUAUCUCAUUUACUUUCAAGUCAAAAGUUUCAAACACAUUAUUUAUUCUCUCUUGUUGUCUAUCUAUUGAUAUUGAUUACAUUUUGAAUAAUUAAUAUUUUAAGUUUGUUUUAUAAAAACUUAUGAAAUAGUUCAGUGACUGAAUAUUCUGAUUGGUGUUUUUAUUUUCGUUGUUUUGACUGUAGUGAUAUAUUAAAUCAUGAGAAAAAAUAAACUAAAUAAGAAUUAUUGUUAGGUUUAAUAAGCGUAGCUACAAGGAAAAUAAAAGUGACUUCUACUAAAUUACUUUUAAAGUAAUUCAAUAACUAACUGUAUUGAAGCUCAAAUACAAAUUUCAUAGAUGAACAAUUCAAUAAUCAUCUCUAAAGUUAUCAAGAUAACAUAGGAUACAAAAGCUUUGACACUAGUUAUUCCUUUAUGUAGUGGUGAAUUAAGCUUGCAUUAAUUGAUGUUUGCACUAAACAAAAUCAAUAUUUUCAUCAUUCAUAACUUGUUUAAAUUGAUGAUGCAAUAGAUUUUCAGUCUUUUUUCUGCUAUGUAAAUAUAUAAUUAGAUAAGAAAUUCUGUAGAACUAACUUCAUGCUAUAAAGUUAGGUUUUGAGUUGAAAAAGAAAAGAAUGAGCCGAAUAAAAUUUUUGUAUCGAUUUCAGUUUGAAGUUGUUUCAAACAUCUACAUCUAUUAUGGAAUGUUUAAAUUAGAAAUAACUCAUGAACAAAUAUUUUCGAAAUUUAUUGUUUCCCUAAUAAAUAUCUAAAACAGGAAGGAAUAUUUUAUUAUAACUCUUUACAGUAGAAGUCAUGCUGAAAUAAAUACCUGUAUCAGAAAAAUUAGUAUAAAGUACCUGUAAGAAUCUUUCAUUUUUCUUCAAUGCCAUUUGUAUGCCAAAGGAGGGGGGACGGUUUGCACGUAAAACGGCCCUAAAUAAAAAUCAUCUCAGAGCACUUUAUAAAAUUGAAUUUCAUCUUCCUCUAAGUAAGAAUAAAGCAUCUGGACCUCUUUCAGGCCAUGUUUCAAGACCUCUUCUCGACAUUUCUACCUAGGACAGAAGCUUUAUCAAUAUCGGAAUCCGCU